UCCUGAUUGCCUCUAACCGCUUCUGCCUGCGAGCCUGAUCACCCCCUAAUCACUCCCGUUAGCCAGGCCUCUGGUCCCACCUUCUCCUUCCCCAGGGGUCCCUUGCUGUGCCACACAAGUUUAUUCACCGUCCACUGGGGGCGCUCAUAGGCCAACGGGAGGUGAGAAAACUACAUUACCCAGAGGGCAAUGCGCCCGCGUGGGCGGAGCUAAAGGAUACUUCCGCGUCUGCGCAUCCGGUUAGGGCGGGACUUCCGCCUUCCUCCUCCUGGUGGUCAUUUUAACUUCUCAGGUCCUUUGUUCAGCGAUUCCCAGGCUUCAGGGCGCCGGUCGGGGAGCAGGAGGACGCCCGGGGAGCCGCUGCCUGCGGGGCGGGGCGUGUCUGAGGCGCCCGGAGCCCCCACAGCACGAGGAGAUCGGCGUCUCCGCGCCCCCCGGCUCCUCCCCGCUCCCAGCGUCCCCGCAGCCUGACCCCCCGGUUCCGCCGCCCCGGGCCCCGCGCUCAGGAUGGAUGUGAACUUUGAGGAUGUGGCCAUUGGCUUCUCUCAGGAGGAGUGGGGGCUCCUGGGUGAGGCUCAGAGACGUCUGUACUGCGAUGUGAUGCUGGAAGCGUUUGCACUUGUGUCGUCUGUCGGUUGUCGGCAUAACAUGGAUGACGAGGAGACCCGUUCUGAGCAGAGCGUGUCUAUACGAGGAGAGUCCCGGGUCAGAGAUCCCGAGACAGCUCCAGCCACUCAGAAGACCCUUCCGUGUCCGCGGUGCUUCUCGCUUUUGAAGGACGUUCUGCACCUGACGGAGUCACACGCAGCACACUCUGAGCCGAAAGCCCUCUGUGGCGACGCACGUGUUGGAGACCUCUGUUUCCGCGCAAACCCUCCCCAGCAGCAGCAGCAGAGGAAAGAAUGUGGAGAGGAUCCCUGGAAACAGGCGAUGGACAGGGCAUCCUACGUGAGCAGCUGUAGCUUCUACUUAUCGAUCAGCAGGGAGGUUGGAGAAGAAUUGCAGUACAACUCCGAGCCUCCCCAGCACCAGGCCGCUCUCAACACCGAGGACCUACACGGCAGCAGGGAGAUUUCCCAGGAAUUUCCGGAUGGAAAAAGUCAUCCUCGGGGGGGCGACUGUGCAGACGCCUGCAGCGACCACCUGAAUGUUGUCCAGCGUCAGCGUGUCUCCUCUGGAGAGCGAAUGUAUGAGGGUAACAAAUGCAGGAACGUCUUUAGGCAGAUCUCCACCCUCCUCCGACACCGGGGAGUUCACACCGGAGACACGCCGGACGAGCCCAGCGAUUUUUGGGAGCCGCUCAGACCCACGUCCAGCCUCCGCCAGCAUGACGACGCGCCCGCCCCAGACAAGCCGUACGCGUGCGGGGAGUGCGGGAUGUCCUUCCGCCGGCGGGCCUACCUCACGAGGCACCGCGGAGUUCACACCGGCGAGAAGCCGCACGCGUGCCGGGACUGCGGCAUGCGCUUCCGCCGGCGGGGCCAGCUCGCCGUGCACCUCCGGGUGCACACGGGCGAGAAGCCCUACGGGUGCGCCCACUGCGGGAGGCCCUUCCGCCAGCGGGCCCAGCUCACCGCCCACCUCCGGGUGCACACGGGCGAGAGGCCGCACGCGUGCGCCGCCUGCGGGAAGUGCUUCCGGGAGAGGGCCACGCUGGCCAACCACCGCCGGGUGCACACCGGCGAGAAGCCGUACGCCUGCCGGGAGUGCGGGGCGGCCUUCCGCCUGAGGGCCCACCUCACCUACCACGUCCGGGUCCACACCGGCGAGAAGCCCCACGCGUGCGCCCACUGCGGGGCGUCCUUCCGGCAGAGCGCCCAGCUCACGGCGCACCUCCGGGUGCACACGGGGGAGAAGCCGUACGCCUGCCCGGACUGCGGCAGGGCCUUCAGCGUGCGGACCACGCUCCUCAAGCACCGGAGGGUGCACACCGGCGAGAAGCCCUACGCCUGCCCGGACUGCGGGAAGUCCUUCGGCGACAAGUCGUACCUCAAGCAGCACCGCCGGGCGCACACGGGCGAGAAGCCCUACGCCUGCCCGGACUGCGGGAAGCUGUUCGGCGCCAGCGCCAGGCUGGCCAAGCACCGGCGGGCGCACAGCGGCGAGAAGCCGUACGCGUGCGGGGACUGCGGGCGGCUCUUCGGCGAGAACGCCAAGCUGGCCAAGCACCGGCGGGUGCACAGCGGGGAGAGGCCCCACGCGUGCGCGGACUGCGGGGCGGCCUUCCGCCGCAGCGACCACCUCGCGGUGCACCUGCGGGUGCACACCGGCGAGCGGCCCUACGCCUGCGCCCAGUGCGGCAAGGCCUUCCGGCAGAACGCCAGCCUCACCCACCACCUGAGGAGCCACACCGGCGAGCGGCCCUACGCCUGCGGCGACUGCGGCAAGGCCUUCAGCUACAAGUCCCACCUCACGCAGCACCGCCGGGUCCACACCGGCGAGAAGCCGUACCCGUGCGGGAGGUGCGGGGCGGCCUUCCGCCAGAGCGCCCACCUCGCCGCGCACCUCAGGAGGGUCCACUCCGCGGGGGGGACGCGGUAAGACGCGCAAGCCAGCCCGGGCCGGUGUGGCUCAGCGGGCAGAGCGUCGGCCUGCGGACCGAAGGGUUCCCCGGGUCCGAUUCCGGUCAAGGGCAAUGUGCCUUGGUUGCGGGCG